GGACGCGCGCGCCGCCAUCGGUGGGACCCAGCUGGAUCCAGCCGUCAAGAUGCCCCGCGGGUGUGGAUGACCGAUGCCCCGCAUGCCGCCACCUCGCUAGGACCAGGACCCCUCCCGAAGGGGCUGCCCGGGGCCUCCCCGCCGCCAGCGCGCGCGCUCUCCAUACCCGAGCCCGGGCCUGGCGCUGGAGUGAGCUGCCCGCGCCCGCCGAGCAAGCAAGCCGGGGACGCCGCGCGCGGGCACCGCUCGGCUGGCCUGCAGGAGACGUCCUCCAGAAUGACCAGCCUGUUCCGCCGGAGCAGCAGCGGUGGCGGGAGCGGUGGGAGCGGGGCCGCCGGGGCGCGGGGCCCCGGGAGCGGGGCCGGGGGAGGCAGCGCCGCCGCCCCGCAGGAGCUCAACAAUAGCCGGCCAGCUCGCCAGGUGCGGCGCCUGGAGUUCAACCAGGCCAUGGACGACUUCAAGACCAUGUUCCCCAACAUGGAUUACGACAUCAUCGAGUGCGUGCUCCGCGCCAACAGCGGCGCCGUGGACGCCACCAUCGACCAGCUGCUGCAGAUGAACCUGGAGGCCGGGGCGGGCAGCCCCUACGAGGACAGCUCCGACUCCGAGGACAGCAUCCCUCCCGAGAUCUUGGAAAGGACUCUGGAGCCCGAUAGCUCUGACGAAGAGCCCCCGCCUGUGUACUCUCCGCCGGCCUACCACAUGCACAUGUUUGACAGGCCUUACCCUUUGGCUCCCCCAACUCCACCUCCUCGGAUUGAUGUGCUGAGCUCAGGACCCCCUGCAAGCCAGAGGCGCUACCGGAACUGGAACCCACCUCUGCUAGGCAAGCUUCCUGAUGACUUCCUGCGUAUCCUGCCCCAGCAGCUGGACAGCAUUCAGGGUAACCCUGUGAGUGGAGAGGGAGGCAUACCUCCUGUUCCUGCACCAAUGACUAGUGACCAGGACAGCCGCUGGAAGCAGUACCUGGAGGACGAGAGGAUUGCACUGUUCCUGCAAAAUGAGGAGUUCAUGAAGGAACUGCAGCGCAACCGGGACUUCCUCCUUGCACUGGAGAGAGAUCGCUUGAAGUAUGAGUCCCAGAAAUCCAAAUCUAGCAGUGUGGCUGUCGGAAAUGACUUUGGCUUUCCCUCUUCAGUCCAAGGAACCAGUGAUCCCAACCCUGCUGUGUCUGAAGAUGCCUUAUUCAGGGACAAGCUGAAACAUAUGGGAAAAUCCACCCGGAGGAAGCUGUUUGAAUUGGCCCGGGCCUUCUCGGAGAAGACCAAAAUGAGGAAGUCAAAGAGGAAACACUUGCCAAAGCAUCCAUCCAGUCUGGGGGCUGCUGCGUCAACAGCCAACCUCCUGGAUGACGUUGAGGGACAUGCUUGUGAUGAAGACUUCCGAGGAAGGCGGCAAGAGGUGUCCAAGGUGGAGGAGGCACUACGGGAAGGACAGUAAGAGGUGCCAGCGGCUCCGCCUCGCCAGAGAUGCUCUGACCCAGUGAGGGUUGCCAGACAGCAACACCGGUACCCAGCUGAAGGGCCCAGCUGCAGCCGGACAGAUGGUGCUUGCAUAUGAAGGCCCGGGGCUCUCCGGCCACAAUCUCUGGCCACAGUCCAGCUCAGCCACUGCCAUUUACUGCAGGACUCGGAACUUCAGGGUCAUGAUCCUGAGAUUGGAGGAGGGGCCUGGGGCCCCUAGAGGCAGCAGCCAGUCACAGCCCCUUUUAUAGCCAGGCUUUUCGGUGGGCAAUGAACACAUAUGCAGGAACCACCCCUUCCCUUCUUUAAAGGAAAAACAAA